GCAGUAAUAUGGAAGGGAGAAAAGUAAAAGAAGUUGAAAAUAGAUAAAAAAGUUGAUAUGCGAUAUUUGGUUUUGAUGGAUUGUUGAGGUUUAGGUUUCGAGAGAAAUGAUAGGAAGAAGUAGUAGAUCAUCGUCAUCGUCAUCGUCAUCGCAUAAAUGGCGAUACUGUAAUCCGUCUUAUUACCUAAAAAGACCCAAAAGAUUAGCUUUGCUUUUUAUAGUGUUUGUUUCUGCUUCUCUUGUCCUUUGGGAUCGCCAGACCCUCCUCAGAGAACACCAGGUUGAAGUUUCCAAGUUGAAUGAGGAUGUUGAUCAGUUAAAAGCAAAACUUGAAGAGUUUAAAAGUAUGCAUGGAGAAGCAAUUGAUUUGUUCAACACUAACAGGCCCUCCCCAAAGGCUGUCCCUCAUGAUCCUGUUGAAAUUCAGAGACGACAAAAAGUAAAGGAAGCUAUGAUCCAUGCAUGGAGUUCUUAUGAGAAGUAUGCUUGGGGCCAUGAUGAACUUCAGCCACAAACAAAAAUUGGCAUUGACAGCUUUGGUGGUCUUGGAGCAACUCUAGUUGAUUCCCUUGACACAUUAUAUAUAAUGGGUCUAGAUGAGCAGUUCCAAAGAGCUAGAGAGUGGGUUGCCAACUCAUUGGAUUUUAACAAGGAUUAUGAUGCUAGUGUAUUUGAAACAACCAUAAGAGUUGUGGGUGGACUACUCAGUGCAUAUGAUCUUUCAGGGGACAAAGUUUUCCUUGAGAAGGCCAAAGACAUUGCAGACAGAUUGCUUCCUGCAUGGGAUACAAAAACAGGAAUCCCUUAUAACAUUAUAAACUUGGCACAUGGAAAUGCACAUAAUCCUGGAUGGACAGGUGGUGACAGUAUCCUUGCAGAUUCUGGAACAGAGCAGCUCGAAUUUAUUGCGCUUUCGCAGAGGACAGGAGACCCAAAGUAUCAGCUGAAGGUAGAGAAUGUUAUUAUGGAGCUUAACAAAACUUUUCCUGAUGACGGUCUUCUUCCAAUUUAUAUUAAUCCUGAUCGAGGAAUAGGAUCAUUCUCUACAAUAACUUUUGGUGCUAUGGGUGAUAGCUUUUAUGAGUAUUUGCUUAAAGUUUGGAUUCAAGGAAAUAAAACUUCAUCUGUGAGACUCUACAGAGAAAUGUGGGAGAAAUCAAUGGAAGGCUUGUCGAGUUUGGUUAGGAAAACAACACCAUCAUCUUUUACAUAUAUUUGUGAGAAGAGUGGAGACGUAUUGACAGACAAGAUGGAUGAGUUGGCAUGCUUUGCUCCUGGAAUGCUGGCUUUAGGAUUAUCUGGAUAUGCACCUGCUCAGUCGCAUAAAUUUCUUUCACUUGCAGAGGAGUAGCUGCAAGUGGUCAAGAAUGGACUCAAGAAAUGAUAGACACCCUGUUCCGGAAAGAUUGCAUUGAGUUAACUAAUUGCGGGAAUAUCAACUCUAGAAAAAUGACAGAAACAUGUUUCCAAAAUAUAUUUUGUUGGUGGACCCGGUUGGGCAUGGAUGUAGUGCGCGAGGCCUGGUGGCGUCUUUUUAAUAUUUCGGAUGCCCAUCUCUUGACGGAGCAUGAGACGAAGAAGCUUAACGUGGACGUGAAGACCUACCAGGAUCGUCCAGAUAUUGUAAUAUUUUGUUUUGACUUUUAUAUUUAUGUGUAAUUUUUUUUAGUUUUUAUAAUAAUUGGUUUUUUUGUUUUAGAAAAUGAAGCAUGGGUCCCAACUUCCCACCGAAGUAAUAGACGAUUGUUUUACAAUCUUUAUUUUUGUUACAUCGCCAAUGCCAGGUAUUUGCUUUCAUCUUCAUAUUCUGUUCAAAACCUGAAAAUAAUCUUUCUGUUUAAUUUGCGGUUUGAUUAGUAUUUUUCGUACUAAAUUUGGAAUAUUUUUGGUGAAAAUGCUCAAUAUGCGUAUCGAUCAAAACGAAGAAUGGAGGCCUCUUUUUCCUUUAGGAAGGAGAACAAAUCAGGCGGCAAGUCGAUUGUGUACAACUCUAAUAAGCAGUCUGACGAUGAACGAUUUGCUCAUUUUUUUUUAAAAUAACUCAGAAAACAAAUUUAUUUGUUAAUCAGACUGCAAGUGUAGUUAAGUUGAUGUUGAACCUUGGAAACAAGCAACAUGAUGCAUAUGCUGGUGUUGAUAGCGAGGAGUAGAUGAAAAUGAAGGAGAUCAUAAAGAAGAUGCGUAAAUUUAACAAAUUUUGAUUUUGAACUAUUAAUGUCUUAUUUGUAAACCCUAAACUGAAGUGUUAAUUUUGUAAUUUGUUUAUUUGUAUUGCAAGAACAUUAAUUUUGUGGGUUGGUGAGACACUGACAGUAAUA